ACACUGACACGCCACCAGCCCAGUCAAAACGGGAGCACUGCAUCAUGUGUAUAUGAAGAGGAAGGCUUCUAGGUUGCCCGAAGAGAGCUGCUUUUCCAGUUCACAUCAUCGAAUGAGUGCGCUUGCCUGGAGAGGCGGGACUGUGACCCGGUUAGACGUAAAACAAGCAAAGCUGUCUCCAUCCUUUCAGACUUGGGGGGGGGAAGUCUGCGUCUCCCACUGUAGCCAAUAUGUCCGACUGCAGAAGACAGUGGAACCGGGAGGAUGAGCUACCGGUCUACCUGGCGGGGCCGAUCACCACCGGGCCGAACCAGCGGAAGACCUACGGUAUGUUCAGCUCCGUGGAGGGAGCGUUUGAGAGCAAGACCAUAGACUUCGAAAACUACGCGGUGGGGAGAAAAGGGAGCCGCACCCCGAGAAGCGGAAGCCGGGAACGACUCUUAGACACCGGUGACCCCAUUAGCAAGACGCCCAGCGAGGCUCGGGAGUCCUCGCUGAACGGCUCGCCUGGAGAGAGAGACGAAGCACGCAGUCGUGCUGAGGUCAGAUUUUCAUCGGGGACGGAAAAUCUUAAUGGCAAGAGUGAAAGGCUGCUGAUCAAAGGAGGGCGAGUUGUUAAUGAUGACCAGUCUUUCUAUGCAGAUGUCUACAUUGAGGACGGGCUCAUCAAGCAGGUGGGGGAGAACCUGGUUGUUCCUGGGGGCGUCAAGGUGAUCGAGGCCAAUGGCCGCAUGGUGAUACCAGGUGGAAUAGAUGUUAACACCUGCCUGAUGAAGUCCUAUCUGGGCACACAGCCUGUUGAUGACUUCUUUCAGGGCACCAAGGCUGCACUUGCUGGGGGCACCACCAUGAUCAUUGACCACGUCGCCCCUCAGCCUGGUGACAGUUUGCUGGAGGCGUUUGAGCGCUGGCAGGAGGCCGCAGACAAGAAAGCCUGCUGUGAUUACUCUCUGCAUGUAGACAUCCCCCAGUGGAAUGAAAAUGUUAAAGAUGAGUUGGAGCUUCUGGUGCAGGACAAAGGUAUCAACUCCUUUCAAGUAUACAUGGCUUAUAAGGAUGUGUACCAGAUGACCGAUUCAGAGCUGUAUGAGGCAUUCUCAUUUCUGAAGCUGCUGGGUGCCGUGGUGUUAGUUCACGCUGAAAAUGGUGAUCUUAUUGCUCAGGAACAGAGAAAAAUCCUCGGAAUGGGAAUUACUGGCCCAGAAGGCCAUCCUCUGAGUCGUCCUGAAGAGGUGGAGGCUGAGGCGGUGUUCCGUGCCAUCACUCUUGGCAAUCGCGUGAACUGUCCUGUUUACAUCACAAAGGUGAUGAGCAAGAGUGCAGCUGACACUAUCACUCAGGCCCGGAGGAAAGGUUCGGUGGUUUUCGGGGAGCCAAUUACAGCUAGCCUGGCCACCGAUGGUUCGCACUACUGGAGCAAAAACUGGGCCAAGGCUGCUGCCUACGUGACCUCUCCACCUUUAAGUCCUGACCAGACAACCCCGGACCAUCUUCACACCCUGCUGGCCUGUGGGGACCUCCAGGUGGUGGGCAGUUCUCACUGCGCUUACAGCACUUCCCAGAAAGCUAUUGGUAAAGAUGACUUCACCUUGAUCCCCGAAGGAAUCAAUGGCGUCGAGGAGAGAAUGGGCUUUGUCUGGGACAAAGCAGUGGCCAUGGGGAAGAUGGAUGAAAACCAGUUUGUGGCAGUCACAUCCACCAACGCUGCUAAAAUCUUCAAUCUGUACCCACGUAAGGGUCGGAUAGCUGUGGGCUCUGAUGCAGACAUUGUCAUCUGGGACCCUGACAGCGUCAAAACCAUCACUGCCAAACUCCAGCAGUCGGCUGCAGAAUACAACAUCUUCGAGGGUCUGGAAUCUCGUGGAGGUCCAGUGCUGGUGCUGAGUCAAGGCCAGGUGGUGUAUGAAGAAGGAAAGCUGCAUGCUCAGCAGGGCACUGGUCGAUUUAUUCCACGCAAACCCUUCCCAGAUUAUGCUUACCAGCGUGUAAAGUUCAGGAAUCAGGUAAAGCAUAAGCAGGGUGUAACUCGGGGGAUAUAUGAUGGCCCCGUAUAUGAUGUUGCUCCGAUUCCCAAAUACAUUACUCCUUCUCCAUCAGCCAAAACUUCUCCCACCUCUCACCAGCCACCACCAAUACGUAAUCUUCACCAGUCCAACUUCAGCCUUUCAGGUGCACAGAUUGAUGACAAUAUCCCACGUCGCUCUGGCCACCGCAUUGUAGCACCCCCGGGUGGUCGCUCCAACAUCACCAGCCUUGGCUGAAUACUUGAACACAUAUGAAGCACGGCUGGUGCGACGCUUCACCUACUGAGUGUGUGCGAGUGUAUGUGUACGACUGAGUGUAAGCGCAACGAUAUGAAUGAAUAUCUUUGCAUUUUUUUGGCAUAAUGUGACCGUUUCUGUUAUAUCAGUUUGUCAUGGUCACUCAAAAAAAAAAGCACAUUUCUACUUCUAAUCCCAAAAAGUGUGUGAGUUACAAUCAGCUUAAUAAUUCAAAACAAUAAAAAGUCAUGUUCCAGGCACACACACACACACACAGAUUGUUGGACCCCCUCCAACCAACCCGUGACCCCAGUGUUAUGUCAUAAAGUUAUUUCCUUACCUGUGAGCAUGACUUCCUUCUUAUUCUUCCUCACCUCCCACAUCUUACCGUGUGGGUCUGACAUGGUGCUCCUUUCCACCCACAUGGUGGACAGCUCAAGAAUUGUCAGAAUUUUUUCUGCAUCUGGUUCUAAUAUCUUGGCAAUAUUUGUUUCUUUGUUGCUCAAGCAGAUCAGUUACACUGCAUGGACAUGUCUUUAGAUGUUACACUACUUGUGGUUUAUUGUUGCAAUGGAGGAACACUUAAAAAUGAACUCAAAGCACAUUUGUAUUCAACAGCACAAGCAUAUUCUUAUAUUGGUAUAUGUAUGCUUUGAAAACCCUAACGACAUCCACUGUGGGUAGAGGCAGUUGUUACCUAGUUAAAAACAUAUUCAUGCAAUUUAAAUUACUGUAAAUUUUGAAAGGAAUGCAUUUUUUUCUCCACCACCAGAUACUAUAUGCAAAUGUGUCAGUACUCUCUUACACUCUGUGUGAAAGUAGAUAAGCAGUCAAAGUGAAAACAGAAACAAGUGAACUAAAUUAAGUUCUAGAUUGAUGUACCUACAUAAUGUAGACUUCUCAGUGUGCGUGCUUAGUUUGCUGCCAAUCACUCCCACCAGAAUAAGAACUUUGUUGUAAUGACAUGCUGAACUCACUGCAGUAAAAGGACUUCAGCUGUCACCACAGCUUUUUAAAACUUUUCCGAAAAUGUUUUUUUUUUUUUUUUUAAAUCUUUUAUUGUUUCCUCAUUAUGGUACAUUUAGUGUUUCUGUGCCACACUGUUUUUGUUACUCUUGUCUGGUGUCACCAAUGGAACCACUUAAUAAAGACUGGACUGUUGUCUAAAAUGAUGGUAAAACAAACACA